AUGACAGAGCUUGGAAGAUACGUUGACAUUGCAAACUUAAAUGCUUCUGGAGACAUUAACUCCACACUCCCUAACGAUGUUAUCCUCAAAUUGAGGAGAGCCUACUACAGCGCCCUCAGCUACACCGACUACGAGCUGGGACGAGUGGUCAAGGAACUGGAGAACCAAGGACUGGCCAACAACACAAUCAUCUCCUUCUGGGGCGAUCACGGCUGGCAGCUUGGUGAACACGGUGAGUGGUGCAAACACACUGACUUUGAAAUCGCCACCCACGCCCCUAUGAUGGUACAUGUGCCGGGUCUCACUGACAACGGUAUCAUGACGGAAGAACUCACCGAGUUUGUGGAUAUGUUUCCUACUCUAGUAGAAGCUGCAGGUCUUCCUGCUCUUGACCUGUGUCCAGAAAACUCUACCAAUGUCCUUCUUUGCACCGAAGGCAAUAGUUUGAUACCUCUAAUAACAAACCCAGCAAGUCCCAACUGGAAGAAGGCUGUGUUCUCCCAGUACCCUAGGAAUGAAAGCAACGGUGAUCAAAUGGGCUACAGCAUGACCACCGAUCACUACAGAUACACAGAGUGGGUCAAAUUCAACUCACAACCCCUGUACAGGCCAGACUGGACCCAAGUGUUCGGUGUGGAGCUGUAUGACCAUUAUCAGGAUCCUGAGGAAAACAAGAACCUGGCGUAUGAUUCCGCCUACAGCGCCUUGGUGGCUCAACUCAGCAAACAGCUACAUGCUGGCUGGAGGGCAGCUAGACCGAAGUAG